AUGAAAGGAUACUCUGUGCCGGUUCACAAAUGGCGACUCCUUCCAUACCUUUUUAUCAAGAAUGGGCUUUACCCCCAGGAGGCAUCAGUUUCUACCUUAUGCCAGCAUAUCGAUGACGAUGACUUGAAGAAUCUGUGUUUGAUUGAAAUUGAAAUGCUGCUUCAGGAAAACGGACGGUCGCUUACUGACUUCAAAUCUAUGCCCAGGCCAAACGUAGCAGACAUGCCAUCUUUCACAAACAAGCUUAUCGUUGAUGAGCUAAAUUACAACGAAGAUGAACUGGAAAAGACUCACGCUGAUAUUGUUUUCUUUUUCUUAUAUGGUUACGGUGGUACUGGAAAAACCUUUAUAUGGAAAACAUUGUCAACUGCUAUUAGAUCGAAAGGGUUAAUUGUAUUGAAUGUUGCAUCUAGCGGUAUAGAGACUCUUCUAUUACCAGGUGGAAGAACCGCACACUCGAAACUGGCAGUCCCUAUUGAGAUUAAGGAGGCAUCAUCGCUUACUAUGGAAAAGGACAGUCCUAGGGCAGACCUGGUGUGUGCUGCAAAGUUGAUAAUUUUUUAUGAGUCUCCAAUGAUGCACCAAUGGUGUUUUGAGAAAGUUUACCGAUCAAUGUGUGAUAUCAUGUCCAAGAAUGAUCCCCUAAACAAGUUUAGACCUUUUCGUGGAAUGAUAGUGGUUUUAGGUGGUGAUUUCAGGCAGAUACUACCUGUUGUCCGUGAAGCAACGAGGCACGAUAUUGUUAAUGCCUUAAUCAAUUCAUCAAAGAUAUGGGCUUAUUGUAAUAUGUUGAGGCUUACUGUUAAUAUGAGAUUGGGUGCCUCUUCGUUACCUGCAGAGCAGGAAGAAAUUGCUAAUUUUGGCAAGUGGAUACUCUCAAUUAGAGACGGCAACGACGCUUCGGAUGAGAAUGGUAAAAUGAAGGUAGAAAUUCCUGAAGAUUUUCUCAUAUCGGACACAACAAAUCCGUUGAUGUCACUUAUAGACGUGUAUCCCGAUUUGAAUGAUAACCUUGGUGAUCCACUAUUUUUUCAAGAAAGGGGAAUACUCGCACCAACGCUUGAUUCAGUCGAGCAUGUUAACGAAUAUAUGAUGUCACUGAUUCCAGGUGAAGAGAAAGAGUAUUUAAGCUCUGAUUCUCUUUGUCGAUCGGGUGAAAAUUCUGAUGUCCAAAGAGAGUGGUUCACAACGGAAUUUCUAAAUGGUAUUAAGAGCUAUGGAAUUCCAAAUCACCGGUUGAAACUAAGGGCGGGAUGUCCAGUUAUGCUGAUGAGAAACAUCGAUCAGACCAAUGGACUGAGUAAUGGUACGAGGCUGACCGUUACACAUAUAGGGAAGAGCACGAUAGCUGCUACCAUAAUUACAGGAAAAAGGGAAGGUACCAGGGUAUUCAUUCCAAGGAUGAAUCUUAUUCCGAGUGAUCCAGGACUACCCUUCAAAUUCAGGCGCAAACAAUUUCCAUUGACGCUUUGUUUUGCAAUGACAAUAAAUAAAAGUCAGGGUCAAUCUUUACCUCGAGUGGGAUUUAUCUUCCUAAGCCCGUGUUCACGCAUGGACAACUCUAUGUCGCUGUCUCUCGAGUUACUUCUAGAAAAGGUUUGA